UAUUACGAUACUGUAGAUAUUAUCGUAACGAUCUGUUGCAAACUAAUAUUAUAUAGAUAUCGUGGUUUAGAAAGGUUUAGUUCAAUGUUUCCAGUGCAAUGUUAGACGCUGAGGAAUGUAUAGAUUGUCAAUUGCUGAGACUUCACAUUACAAUGUUGUGAUAUUCUUGACAUAAUGAGAAAGGGGAGGAACAGUAGUAUCGAGGAAUUCUACAUAUCCAUUGCCAAUGGAAAUGAAGAAGGCCUCAAGUCAUACUUGCAGAAUGGUGGGAAUCCAAACCUUAGAGACAGCUUGAAAUGCCCUCUCCUUCACAAGGCCAUAGCAGAAAAGAACUUGGAAAAGGUCAACUUACUGAUAAGCCAUGGGUGUGACCUAACAGUUAUAGAUGAGGCGCAGGCAUCUGCAGUACAUGCUGCUGUGCACGCCGGAAGUUACACUCUCCUGGAAACUCUUCUGAGGUCGGGUGCUCCAGUGAACUACGUGGAUGGUCAUCACACGACACCGCUUAUGUUAGCAGUCAUCAACCAGGAUGUUAAAGCUGUGAAUGUUUUGUUGAAGGAAGAAUUUGACUGUGAUGCUAAUAUGGAGAACUACUUCUUUCAGACAGCACUGACUCAGGCAGUUUUAUUACAGAAUGUGGAAAUCUGUGAGAUUCUGCUAAAACAUGGAGCUUCUGUGAAGUGUUUGUAUAACAAAAGUUUUAGACUUAGUGUUGCCAAAAUGAUGAGCUCCAACCUUGAGCUCUUGGAUCUAUUCCUAGCCAGGGCCCCAUCAUUGGAUCUUCACUUUCACUUAAUGGUUGCUUGUAUUUACAAGAACUAUGAGGUAGCUGAGAUUAUCUUGUCCAAGUUUGUUGAUCCUUUCCAACUUAAGGCUCUCGGCUUUAUAACGAAGCAAGAGGAACAGGAAACGUGGGACAGACUCGCUAAAGUCGUAGUGAAACCGUAUAGACUCGCAACAUGCUGCAACGUAGACAAUAAGCUUUUAAUGAUGCUGCUCAGUUUUUGUGGUACUGAACACAACCGAACUCAAAGGACUAACCAUUCCCGAAGGGCGACACUUUUGAUCCGAAGACUCGUGCAUUACGGGCUUGUGAUACAUCCAAUGACCAGUCUAGUCACUUGUAAUCAUGACUGCAGUUGUCGACUCAGUAUAUUUAAAGCUCUACAUGACUCUGACAUGGUGACGUCAUUAAAGGGACAGUGUUGCUCAGUGAUAAGACAGAAUUUGAUAGGAACAAGAAGUAACUGUGAUAUUUCAUCUGUUGAAAAAUUGCCUUUACCAAAGCAGUUACAAAAUUUCAUUUCUAUGAAUGACUGGUAAAAAAGCAAUGGAAUUUAUGAAAUUACUGUCUUUUACUGGGUGUUUUUAUUUAACAAGUAUGCUUUCUAUAUUUCAGGCUUAAUAAGCUAAAAUAAAUAUGUAUUCAAUUACACAUUCAUAAGCUAUUAGUACUUUAUCAUUUUCAAGGUUGGCACCGUUGCUAUUCAAUACAUGCACUUAUAAUGAUUUAUAUUCUAAAUGACGUGACCAUCAUGUAAUAACGUUAUUAUAUAUAUAUGUAUUUUUGAUUGAUUAUACCUCACUUAUAUUCUCUAUGUUAAAUUCCCUAUACCAGAGCGGUCAUUUCAAUAUUUUUUGAAACUGGCUGGUAAUGUUGACUGGCAAAAUAAUAUUACAUGCGCAGGAAAUAAACGAGUUUGCUUUAGAUUUUUUUAAAUGGCCACCUAAAUAGUUAGAGCAGAUGCCCGCACAAUAAAUAUAAUUGCACAAUAUAACCAUUCAAAUCAUCGACUUGAGAAAUUAAAAAAUAUAUAAAUAAUAAUAAUUAUUUGUCAGGGGAGAUCACUGCGUAAGGGAUUGGGUUACAGAUGACCUGAAAUUAUAUUUUAUUUCUGCUAGUUUUGGAAAUUAAAAAUGAUUAUUGUUAUAUAAAAUUUGUUAAUUUUAUUCGAUAUAAUAAAAUAAUUAUCACAUUCCUGUGAGGGCACUAUUGAAAAUUGUCAACGUUUGCUAAAAUCAUUAUAAUUCUCAAGUUGACAAUUUUUAAUUUUUAUAUUUAUGGAAUAUAAUGAGUGCAAUAAGUAUGCAAAUAAGUGUGAUGUUACGUCAUUAAGAAAUUGCGUUAAAAAUGGCAGCGCUGUGUGGCGACAUUCUAUGAUGUUAUGUGUAUUUAGCACUGUAAAUUGGCACAUAAUGAUAAGUAUUUAUGAUAAAGAUAGAAUAUCAUAUUUAUGGUCAUCCAAUACGAAAUUUAGUUGACUCAUUUCCUAAAAUUGCAACAAAAAAACCCAUCUCACCAAGGCUUGUUUUUUUAUCAAUUGAGGAAACAAUAAAUUCCUUAUUAAAUGACCACUCAUGUGAGAUUAUUUAUAUAUCCUAUAAUUAGUUUAUUAGAUCAAAUCUAGUGCCUUUUUGACGUAUAUGAACAUUUUCAUUUAUUGGUGAAUAUUGCCCCAAAAAAUAAAUCCAAAAAGCAAUCAAACAAUUGCAAUGACCGCAGAUAUUGAUAAUUGAUAUGAUGGUAGAUUGUACGGUUUUCACCCAAUAUAGUAGUUUCUCUCUCACAUAAAUUGUAGAGGAACAUGGAAAGGUCUGUCCCACAUAGCAUUCAUGCUCUCCCUGCACCGGUCAAGAUUAGUGGUCAGCGUAUAGCACAAUCGGGAUUUCAUAGGAAUAGAUGUGUCUCAGCUGUAACAUGUCACAACCUACAAAUGGGUUUCAAUCAAACUUCAUGGAAUGUUUGUCAAGAUAAUAUAUUAUUGUAAAAAUGAAAAGGUCGUUCUACCUAAUGGCCAAAUGCCACUUUUGGCUCUUAUCUACAGCAAACUAUUAAAAUUACCUACAUCUUUGUAUAAUGGCUAUCACUCUGACAAGAUCAAUUCAGAGGUAUUUGUGACAUUUUUGUGAUAGUUUUGUUUUGGAAGAAAUAAGGUAGAUGUUUUCACAUUUUUCAUGUGUCACGGUGUUGUCAGCUCAGCAGUGACCGUUUUGGGCAAAAACUUGAAACUUGGCCUUGCUUAAGUAUGUUUGAAGUAUUCACAUGAAACUUAGUACACAUACACACGUGUGUAACAAGGCCCUAACCUCUAGCUUAAAUAAUAAUCAGGUUGUGUUCCUUUAUUGACCGAAAAAAGCAUACGUGCACUGAUAUUCAACUUCAGAAAAUACUCCUAGGGCCUGUUCUACAAAAUUAUAAGAAGAAUAAAUAAUUUCCGAUUAUGUGA